AUGCAACUGACCCGCUGCUGCUUCGUGUUCCUAGUGCAGGGCAGCCUCUAUCUGGUCAUCUGCGGCCAAGACGACGGCCCCCCUGGCUCAGAGGACCCUGAGCAUGAUGACCAUGAGGGCCAGCCUCGGCCUAGGGUGCCUCGCAAACGAGGUCAUAUCUCACCCAAGUCCCGCCCCUUGGCCAACUCCACCCUCCUAGGGCUGCUAGCCCCACCCGGGGAGGUUUGGGGUGUCCUUGGGCAGCCCCCCAACCGCCCCAAACAAAGUCCCCUGCCCUCGACCAAGGUGAAAAAAAUAUUUGGAUGGGGUGAUUUCUACUCCAACAUCAAGACAGUGGCCCUGAACCUGCUGGUCACAGGGAAGAUUGUGGACCACGGAAACGGGACCUUCAGUGUCCACUUCCGCCACAACGCCACGGGCCAGGGUAACAUCUCCAUCAGCCUUGUGCCCCCCAGCAAAGCUGUGGAGUUUCACCAAGAGCAGCAGAUCUUCAUCGAAGCCAAGGCAUCCAAAAUCUUCAACUGCCGGAUGGAGUGGGAGAAGGUAGAACGGGGCCGCCGGACCGCGCUCUGUACCCACGACCCAGCCAAGAUCUGUUCCCGUGACCACGCUCAGAGCUCGGCCACCUGGAGCUGCUCCCAGCCCUUCAAAGUCGUCUGCGUCUAUAUUGCCUUCUAUAGCACGGACUAUCGACUGGUGCAGAAGGUGUGCCCAGAUUACAACUACCACAGUGAUACCCCCUACUACCCAUCUGGGUGACCUAGAUGGGCCUCAGAGGCCUGUGCAGGAGGCUGGCUGUCUGGAUGCUGGGCAGGGAAAGGGAUGGACCUCAGGAAGGGAGGGGGUGGAGAGGAAGAGAGACCAGGUGGGUCAGGGUCAGGCCUCGGGUGUUGGGGAAGGGUCCCCAGAGCUGCACCCAGCCCGAGGCUAGAAUGUACUUGUUAUGGACGAGAAUUGGGCCCUGGGCAGCCUUCCAAGGCUUUCCCUCCUAUCCAAAGCUGAUGCUGGGCCCCGAGGCCCCUGGGAAGGUAAGCCAGGCAACCCCAGAUCAAGUCACAGAGAAGACCUUAACCCUUGGCUCUCUCCUUGCCAUUGAGAAGGAGAACAGUAGUCAGCAAAGGAGAGUCCAAGUGUAUAGGCCAGGUAGUCAACUUAGGACGGGUAGGUCAAUGGCUUCCCCCAUGGGGGCCAGCAGUGGGCAGCCCCGAGCCCCUUUCCCCGCACUGAGGCUGAAGUGGCAACCUCAUUCCCACCCUUGGGUGUUUGUUGUCAUGACUACCUGUCACCAGCCGGGCCGUUCCUUCCCAGAAUCCCCUCUCCCUCCAGCACCUCUGCACCGCCGCCGACUCCUCUUGCUGAUGGCACACCGGCCUGUCCUUCAGCCGAGACAGGACGACUAUUAGGUCCUGUUAGCAUGAGGGGCACAGAGCAGAAGCCCGCCCGCGUGCUGUGUUCCCGUCGUCCCCUGCUCUAACCACGUGCUGAGAGUGCCCCCUCAACA